AUGGAGCUGGCUCUGAGUUUGGGUGAUGCUUCAAAGCCAUUUCUGUUCCUUGACAAAGCCCCAAAGAUGGGUAGCAAAGAUCUAGGGUUUUGCAUGGGCUUGGGAGGGGCUUUCAGUGCAAGAUCAGAUGAGAGUAGAGAGAGUACCCAUGAAGGAGGCCAUGAUCAAGAUGAGAGAAGAAGAAGAAGGGUUUCAUCAGAUCCACCUGUUCAGCUUAAUCUGUUGCCUUCUGCCCCAGUUCCUCGAAGCCAUGCUUCUUCACAGCUUCGCUUCCCCUGGCUCACUGAUAAUCUGGCAGUGUCUGAACCGGCCGGUUCAUCAGACGGACCGGGAAGAGGGUUGGAUGUGAACCGGAUGCCGGGGAUGGUAGCCGCGGCGGAGGAGGCAGAAGAUGCGGCUGCGCCUCUGUCAUCUCCGAACAGUACAGUUUCAUCGUUUCAGAUGGACUUUGGAGUUGGAAAUGGAGGAAGAUCGAGCAAGAGAGAUUUGGAGCUUGAAACUGACAGAGCGAGUUCCAGAGCGAGUGAUGACGAGGACAACGGGUCGACUCGGAAGAAACUCAGGCUCUCUAAAGACCAAUCGGCUUUUCUUGAAGAGAGCUUCAAAGAGCACAGCACUCUCAAUCCAAAACAAAAACUUGCUCUGGCUAAACAGUUGAAUCUUCGUCCACGCCAAGUGGAAGUGUGGUUUCAGAAUCGAAGAGCAAGGACUAAAUUGAAGCAGACAGAGGUAGAUUGCGAGUACUUAAAGAGAUGCUGCGAAACACUGACAGAAGAGAACAGAAGGUUACAAAAAGAGCUGCAAGAAUUAAGAGCCUUAAAAACUUCUCAACCUUUCUACAUGCAGCUUCCUGCCACAACCCUCACCAUGUGCCCCUCAUGUGAGCGAGUGGUCACCACAGCCGCAGCCAACACAACCAACAACAACAACAACAGUUUAAAGUCUGCUCUAACCAAGCCAAGGUUACAUCAUCCUUUUGCUCAAGCCCAAGUCCACAUGCAGCAUCAGGUUCAAGCCAGCAAAGGAGCUGCUGCAUGA